AUGUCAGAAGCAAUAACAACAAUGUCUAAACAAACCAUGAAUCUGAGUGAUGUACUGGAUCCUGAACAAGUCCCCAUUGAUUGUACUGGUCCAGGUACAUAUGCUGACCCAAUACAUGUUAAAAAUGCAGUCAUUUUGGGACAGAAAUUUUGUGAAAAAAUGAAGGGAAGAGAAAUAGUCAGUGAACUGCUAGGAGAUAUACUUGAAACUUUAUGCAUUGGUUAUAGUUCCAAUGCAUAUUGCAAAGCCAAAGUGAAAUUUCAAGUCAAGGUGUUAAAGUGUCAAGAACUGAAGAUCAGCUCUACCACUUUCAAGGCCAUGGACUGCAACCAGAAUCUGAAAAGGAUCAUCCAUGGAUGCAAUACUGUGACUUAUAAGAAGUAUGGGGAGGUGUUGAUGUUGGGAGAAUGUAUGAAGUGGGCCAUGAUGCCUCAGAACACAUAUGUGGAGUGA